UCACAGGUUGCCUCUCUCGGAGUCACCACAUUCACACUGUGCGCCCUCUGCAUCGACCGGUUUCGUGCCGCCACCAACGUGCAGAUGUAUUACGAGAUGAUUGAAAACUGCACUUCGACGACGGCCAAGCUGGCCGUCAUCUGGGUUGGAGCGCUGCUGCUGGCCCUGCCUGAGGUUGUGCUGCGCCAGCUGGCAAAGGAGGACCCCGAAUACAGCGGCAGCCCCCCAGGGGAGCGGUGCGUGGUGAAGAUAUCCACCGCACUACCGGACACCAUCUAUGUGUUAGCUCUCACGUACGAUGGAGCAAGACUCUGGUGGUACUUUGGCUGCUAUUUUUGUUUGCCUACCCUUUUCACUAUUACCUGCUCCCUGGUAACAGCGAGGAAAAUCAGGAGGGCAGAAAAGGCUUGCACAAGGGGGAACAAGCGACAAAUUCAGCUGGAAAGUCAGAUGAACUGCACGGUGGUGGCUUUGACCAUUUUGUAUGGGUUUUGCAUAAUUCCUGAAAACAUUUGCAAUAUUGUGACUGCCUACAUGUCCACAGGGGUCUCUCAGCAGACUAUGGACCUCCUCCAUCUCAUUAGUCAGUUCCUUUUGUUCUUCAAGUCCUGUGUUACCCCAGUUCUCCUUUUCUGUUUCUGUAAACCUUUCAGCCGAGCUUUUAUGGAGUGUUGCUGUUGCUGCUGUGAUGAAUGCAUCCAGAAGUCCUCAACAGUGACAAGUGAUGACAAUGACAAUGAGUACACCACAGAACUGGAGCUCUCCCCUUUCAGUACCAUACGUCGCGAAAUGUCCACUUUUGCCUCCGUGGGGACUCACUGUUGAUUGAUCUUAGGACUUUUUUUCCAGUAUCUUUUUCCUUUUUCUGUUUUUUUUCUUACUUUUCUUCUUGAAGCAAAAUGCAAGAAAGAAAAAAGAUUAUUGAAAACUACUCUGGAAACCAAUCUGCAUAUUAAUAGUUGUGCUUCAGAAAAUAAUUUGUUUUGUUAUU